GGGAGGAGGAUGCUGUCAGUCCGGCCACUCUCUCCUCGGCGGCGCUGGGACGAGCUCCGCGGAUCUGGAUGUUGAGGAAAAAUGGCCACCGGCGGCGGGAGGAAGCAGAGGGAGCAGCGGCCACUCUUGGAUUAAAGCGUCGCGCCUGACCUAUGGAUGUACCCGGAGGCUCCCGCACCGACUUGAUUCACGCGCCGGAGCUCGCCGAGGAAACCUGCCGCAAACGCCGCUCGCUGGGCUGCCUUUGCCCUGACAAAGCCGCUCAAGAUGAACAUGGUGAAGAGGAUCAUGGGUCGGCCGAGGCAGGAGGAGUGCAGCCCCCAGGACAACGCGCUGGGCCUGAUGCACCUGCGGCGCCUGUUCUCCGAACUGUGCCACCCUCCUCGCCACAUGACCCAGAAGGAGCAGGAGGAGAAGCUCUACAUGAUGCUUCCUGUUUUUAACAGGGUCUUUGGAAAUGCUCCACCCAGCAGCAUGACGGAGAAGUUCUCCGACCUGCUGCAGUUCACCACCCAGGUCUCACGUCUCAUGGUGACCGAGAUCAGACGAAGAGCCUCCAACAAAUCAACAGAGGCCGCCAGUCGAGCCAUAGUCCAGUUCCUGGAGGUGAACCAGAGUGAGGAGGCGAGUCGCGGCUGGAUGCUUCUGACCACAAUCAACCUGUUGGCUUCCUCCGGACAGAAAACCGUGGACUGCAUGACGACCAUGUCAGUCCCCUCCACGCUGGUCAAAUGUCUCUACCUGUUCUUUGACCUGCCCCACAUGCCCGAGGCCACGGUGGGCCCGACCCCGCAGCCGCCGCCGCCACCGCCACCGCCGCCUUCCACCCAGGAGAAGACCCCGGUGCAGGGCCCCCCCCAGCCGGAGCUGCCCCUCGCUGAUCGCAGGGUGCUGCUACAGAAAGUCUUCGUUCAGAUCCUGGUGAAGCUCUGCACCUUCGUGUCUCCGGCAGAGGAGCUGGCCCAGAAGGACGACCUCCAGCUCCUCUUCAGUGCCAUCACCUCCUGGUGCCCCCCCCACAACCUGCCCUGGCGGAGGAGCGCUGGGGAGGUGCUCACCACCAUCUCCAGACACGGCCUCAGCGUCAACGUGGUCAAAUACAUACACGAGAAGGAAUGCCUCGCCACGUGCGUUCAGAACAUGCAGCAGUCCGACGACCUCUCCCCGCUGGAGAUCGUGGAGAUGUUUGCCGGCCUCUCCUGCUUCCUUAAAGACUCCAGCGACGUGUCACAGACGCUGCUGGACGAUUUCCGAAUGUGCCAGGGUUACGCCUUCCUCUCCGACCUCACGCUCCGACUGGAACAGGCCAAGGAAGACGAGUCGAAAGAUGCACUGAAGGACCUGGUGAACCUGGUCACCUGUCUGGCCACCUACGGAGUGACGGAGCUGAAACCUGCGGGUCUGACGACCGGCGCCCCCUUCCUGCUGCCUGGCUUCGUCCUCCCAGUGUCUUCUGGGAAAGGCCACACAGUACGUAACAUCCAGGCCUUCGCGGUGCUCCAGAACGCCUUCCUGCGAACCAAAACCAGCCGUCUGGCCGGCAUGCUGCUGGACGCCAUCGGAAACAUCUACGCAGCAGAGCCGGCAAACUACUUCAUCCUGGAGUCGCAGCACACCCUGUCGCAGUUUGCAGAGCGCGUGGCCAAGCUCCCCGACGCCCAGGCCAAGUACUUUGAGCUGCUGGAGUUUGUCGUCUUCAGCCUCAACUAUGUGCCGUGCAAGGAGCUGUUCAGCGUGAGCGUGCUGCUCAAAUCCAGCACGUCGCACGCCUGCAGCAUCACGGCCGUGCGGACGCUGCUGAAGCUGGCCAGGCACGACCCGGUGUUCAGCGACGUGCUGCGGGAGGUCGGCCUGCUGGAGGUGCUGGUCAACCUGCUGCACAAGUACGCUGCCUUGCUCAAAGACCCGGCCACGCAGCAGCAACCACACAACAACGACCAAGCCGACUGUAAAAACAACACAGUGGCGGAGGAGCAGAAGCAGCUGGCCUGGCUGGUGAUGGAGACGCUGGGUGUGCUGCUGCAGGGCUCCAACACCACCAGCACGAAUGCAGCCCUUUUCAGGGAGUUCGGUGGAGCCCGCUGCGUUCACAACAUCGUGAAGUACCGUCAGUGCCGGGAACACGCCCUGCUCAUCAUCCAGCAGCUCGUGCUGUCGCCCAGCGGCGAUGACGACAUGGGAACGCUGCUGGGCCUCAUGCACUCCGCACCGUCCAGUGAACUGCAGCUGAAGACAGACAUACUGAGGGCUUUGCUGGCGGUGUUGCGUGAGAGUCACCGCACCCGGACGGUGUUCCGCAAGGUGGGCGGCUUCGUCUACGUCACCUCACUGCUGGUGGCCAUGGAGCGCUGCCUGUGCCAGCAGCCGCGACACGGCUGGGAGCGCGUCAACCAGAACCAGGUGUUCGAGCUCCUGCACACGGUCUUCUGCACGCUCACCGCCGCCAUGCGCUACGAGCCCGCCAACUCGCACUUCUUCCGCACAGAGAUCCAGUUCGAGAAGCUGGCCGACGCCGUGAGGCUGCUCGGCUGUUUCUCCGACACGAAGAAGCUCGGUGCCACGACCGUGUUCCCCUCGAACGCUCAGCCCUUCCAGAGGCUGCUGGAGGACGAGGCUGCCCCCGGAGGCUGCGCGGGGGACAGCGUCUGUCCCACGCUCAAACACUGCAGCAAGCUCUUCAUCUACCUGUACAAGAUGGCCACCGACUCCUUCGACAGUCGUGCGGAGCAGGUGCCUCCCUGCCUGACUCACGAGACCUCGCUGCCCUCACCGUGGGGCACGCCAGCACUCGCCAGGAAGAGACAAGGUUACUACGGUACGUCAGGCCCCCCCGCCCCGGUCAAAGCCCUCACAGACCUGAAACUCCACCUCACUAACCCCUCCCACCCCGCUUCCUCCUCGUCUGACAUGGUGGUCAUCCACCCGGGGGCGGUGCUGGCCAUACUGGACCUGCUGCCCUCCGUCUCCUCCGACAGCCAACCAGAGCAUGCUCUGGACCUGCAGCUGGCCGUGGCCAACAUCCUCCAGCUCCUGGUGAACAGUGAGAGGAACCAGCAGGUGCUGUGUGAAGCCUGCCUCCACCAGCGGCUGCUGCAGCGCUGCAGUCAGGCCCUGGGCGACGAAGACCACCCACUGCACCCGCCGCUGCAGAGGAUGUUCGAGAGGCUGGCCUCGCAGGCCCUGCAGCCGAUGGCUCUCAGGGAGUUCUUACGUCUUGGAAACCCUCUGAACUGCGGCGCCUGGGACAAGAAGCUGCUGAAGCAGUACCGGGUGCACAAGCCCAGCUCGCUCAGCUACGACGCAGAGAUGAGAAACAGUAUGACCAUGUCCAUGGAGGGCUUCGGCCCCGACAGCGUCUUCGCCACCCUGGCGGAGGAUAACGGACAGUACCGCAUCAGCCGCAGCCUGGUGCGCUCCGCCGAGGGCAGCACCGUGCCGCUCACCCGAGUCAAGUGCCUGGUGUCCAUGACAACGCCCCAUGACAUCCGGCUUCACGGAUCGGCCGUCACGCCUGCGUUUGUGGAGUUCGAUGCGUCGCUGGAGGGCUUUGGGUGCCUGUUUCUGCCCAGUCUGGCGCCGCACAACGGUCCCACCAACAACACCAACGCCUCCGGUGUCAGCGAUGGAGCGGUGCUGAGCGGGAUGGGCACAGGAGAGCGCUUGUUUCCUCCCCCGUCCGGCCUGAGCUACUCCACCUGGUUCUGCGUGGAGCGCUUCAGCGCGGCGCCUCACGCCCACCCGGUGCGGCUGCUGACAGUCGUGCGCCGGGCCACCUCCUCGGAGCAGCACUACGUCUGCCUGGCCGUGGUGCUGUCGGCCAAGGACCGCUCACUCACCGUCUCCACCAAGGAGGAGCUGCUGCAGACCUACUCAGCGGACGAGUCCAGUGAAGAAGCCGCCUUCUAUGAGAUCCUGCCCUGCUGCGCUCGUUUCCGCUGCGGCGAGCUGAUCGCCGAGGGCCAGUGGCACCACCUGGUGCUGGUCAUGAGCAAAGGCAUGCUGAAGAACAGCAUGGCCACGCUGUACCUGGACGGACAGCUCGUCAACACUGUCAAGCUUCACUACAUCCACAGUGCACCGGGCGGCUCCGGCUCCACCAACCCUCCUGUGCUGAGCACAGUGUACGGCUAUGUGGGGACGCCGCCGGCCCAGCGCCAGCUCUCCAACCUGGUGUGGCGUCUGGGGCCCAGCCACUUCCUGGAGGAGGUCCUGCCGGCCGCCAGCGUCGCUGCCGUCUUCGAACUGGGACCCAACUACGUGGGCAGCUUCCAGGCGGUCUACCUGCCCUGUAAAGACUCGAAGACAGAGGUGGCGCCUGCCGCUCCGGUGGCGCUGGUGCCGGAGGAGAAGGUGUCCUUUAGUCUCUACGCUCUCUCGGUGUCCACGCUCACUGUGGCCAAGAUCAGGAAAGUCUACAACAAACUGGACAGCAAGGCCAUCGCCAAACAGCUCACCGUGUCCUCUCAUGAAAACGCCACUCCGGUCAAGCUGAUUCACAACGCCGCCGGCCACCUCAACGGGCCGGCCCGGACCAUCGGAGCCGCUGUCAUUGGAUAUUUAGGCGUCCGUGCCUUCGUACCCAAGCCUGUGGCCACCAACCUACAGUACGUGGGUGGGGCGGCAGCCAUCUUGGGCCUGGUAGCCAUGGCGUCCGAUGUGGAGGGGCUGUACGCAGCGGUCAAAGCUUUGGUGUGUGUUGUGAAGAGCAACCCGUUGGCCAGUAAGGAGAUGGAGCGCAUUCAAGGCUACCAGCUGCUCGCCAUGUUGCUGAAGAAGAAGCGCUCGCUGCUCAACAGCCACAUCCUCCACCUCACCUUCUCUCUGGUGGGAACAGUCGACAGCGGCCAUGAAACCUCCAUCAUUCCCAACUCCACGGCCUUCCAGGACCUGCUCUGUGACUUCGAGGUCUGGCUCCACGCUCCCUACGAGCUCCAUCUGUCCCUGUUUGAGCAUUUCAUAGAGCUGCUGACAGAAUCCAGCGAGGCGGCGAAAAACGCCAAACUGCUGCGGGAGUUCCAGCUGAUCCCGAGGCUGCUGUUGACCCUGAGAGACACGUCCCUGUCGCAGCCCACCGUCGCUGCCAUCAGCAACGUGCUCAGUCUGCUGCUGCAGGGCUUCCCCAACCCGUAUGACCUGCUGCGGUUCGGCCAGUUCAUCUCCUCGACUCUUCCCACGUUCGCAGUGUGUGAGAAGUUUGUCAUCAUGGAAAUCAACAACGAGGAGAAGCUUGACGGAGGUAAUGAUGAUGAUUUCGGCGGUCUGCUGUCAGCAAACCUCAUUCUGCUGAGAAACCGCCUGUUGGACAACCUGCUCCGACUGCUCUUCACCACCAAAGAGAAAUGCACCGUCAACGCCCAAGCGUGUGACGAGCUGGUGCGGACGAUGGGCUUCGACUGGCUCCUGAUGUUCAUGGAGGAGCACCUUCACUCCAGCACGGUGACGGCAGCUCUGUGGAUCCUGGUGGUGCUGCUCUCCAACCAGUCCACCCUCAACCGCUUCAAGGAGGGCCUGUGUGGAGGCGGCUGGCUCGACCACACCGACUCCGUCCUGACCAAUAAGAUCGGCACAGUGAUGGGUUUCAACGUGGGUCGCAGCGCCGGCGGACGCUCCACAUUGCGAGAGAUCAACCGUGACGCCUGCCACUUCCCAGGAUUCCCUGUGAUGCAGACGCUGCUGCCCAAACACACCAACGUGCCCGAGCUCUACUUCCUGCUAAUGGCUCUGUUCCUCCAGCAGCCCAUCACCGAGCUGCCGGACAGCCUGCAGUUCGACCUGGACUCCAUCUGGACGUUCAUCUUUGGCAUCCCAGCCUCCAGUGCGACGGUGGUGGGCUCCAUCCACAGCGUGUGCACCGAGGCUGCCUUCCUGCUGCUGGCCAUGCUCCGCAGCAUGCUCAACCUGCCGUGGCAGUCAGAGGAGGAAGGCUCCUGGCUCAGGGAGUACCCCGUCACCCUCAUGCAGUUCUUCAGGUAUCUCUACCACAACGUGCCCGACCUGGCACCGAUGUGGCACAGUCCGGAGUUCCUCUGCGCCCUGGCAGCCUCCGUCUUCCCCUUCAACAUCCGGCCCUACUCUGAGAUGGUCACCGAUUUGGACGAUGAAGCAGGUUCUCCCAUCGAAGAGUUCAAGGCGUUCGCCGGUGACUCUGGAAUGAACCGCAGCCAGUCUGAAUACUGCAACGUGGGCUCCAAGACGUCCCUGACCAACCACCCGGCCAAGAAGUACGUCUUCGACUUCAUGAGGGUCCUGAUCAUGGACAAUCUGUGCAUGACGCCGGCCAGCAAGCAGACGCCCAUCAUCGACCUUCUGCUGGAGGCGUCUCCGGAGCGCUCCACCAGGACGCAGCAGAAGGAGUUUCAGUCGAACAUCUUGGACGGUGUCAUGGAGCAUCUGCUGGCCGCUGACGUCCUGUUAGGCGAAGACGCCUCUCUGCCGCUCAGCAGCAGCGGAAGUUACCAGAUCCUGGUCAACAACGUCUUCUACUUCACUCAGCGGGUGGUGGACAAGCUGUGGCAGGGCAUGUUCAACAAGGACUCCAAGCUGGUGGUGGACUUCAUCGUGCAGCUCAUCGGACAGUCGAAGCGGCGCUCGCAGGGCCUCUCCCUCGACACCAUCUACCACUGUCUGAACCGGACGGUGCUCUACCAGCUCUGUCGACCCCACAAGACGGUCGCUCAGCAGGUGGCCCUGCUGGACGCCCUGCGGGUCCUGACCGUCAACCGCAACCUGGUGCUCGGGCCGGGCAACCACGACCAGGACUUUGUGGCGUGUCUGGCUCACUGCUUCAUCUGCCUGCACAGUGGGAGUAGCGUGGAGGGCUUCGGUCUGGAGGCGGAGGCCAGGAUGACGACCUGGCACGUCAUGAUCCCCACAGAGAACGAUGCUGACGCCACACACAGCCAGGACGUCAGCGAGGGACGCCAGCUGCUGUUGAAGGCUGUGAACCGCGUGUGGACGGAGCUGAUGCACAGCAAGCGUCAGAUGCUGGAGGACAUCUUCAAAGUGUCUCUGCCCUGUAACGACAGGGGCCACGUGGACAUCGUCACGGCCCGACCCGCCCUGGAGGAGCCGGCCCUGAAGAGCUGGCAGAACCACCUGGUCCAUGAGAAGAAGUGCAUCAGCCGCGGUGAAUCGGUGGCGCCGGCGACCCAAUCCAAACUGUCCAGAGUCAGCAGCGGCUUCGGUCUCUCCAAGCUGACGGGCGUCCGCCGCCACAAGAAGGAGAACAGCCUGAACAAGAACAGCCUCUCUGCACAGGAGACCUUCCAGUGGAUGUUCACACACAUCGCUGUUGUUCGAGACCUGGUGGCCAUGCAGUACAAAGAAUAUCAAGAGCGGCAGCAGAACACUCUCAAGUACGUGACCGAGGAGUGGGCGUCCAUCGAGUACGAGCUGCUGCGUGAGCGCGGCCUCUGGGGCCCCCCCAUCGGCUCCCACCUGGACAAGUUCGUGCUGGAGAUGACGGAGGGGCCGUGCAGGAUGAGGAAGAAGAUGGUCCGCAACGACAUGUUCUACAUCCAUUACCCGUACAUCCCCGAGCUGGAGCCGAACAGCAACUCAGCGCAGCCCUCCUCCUCCCCCCCUCCGGUUCCUCUGGUACUCUCAGCUCUGGCUGGGGACCCUGAGCGAGGCCAGAAGCCUCUGCGUUACCGGCGAGCCAUCAGCUACGACAGCAAAGAUUACUACGUGCGCCUGCUGUCUGGAAACCCCGGCAUGUACCAGCACUCUGUGGAGCACAGCACCGAGGGGGAGACCACGCAGCACGAGCCCGAGCACGGAGAGGACACCAUCGCGAGGGUCAAAGGUCUGGUGAAGGCGCCGCUGAAGAGGUCCCGGUCCACGGCGGACGGAGCAGACGAGGAAAGUCAGGAGCAGCUUCAGGAGCAGCUGUUGGAGUCAGGAGGCCCAGAGGAGGAGCAGAAGACCGACAACACGUCACUGCUGCGCCUCCUGGAGGAAGGAGAGAAGAUUCAGCACAUGUAUCGCUGUGCCAGAGUUCAGGGUCUGGACACCAGCGAGGGUCUGCUGCUGUUCGGGAAGGAGCACUUCUACGUCAUCGACGGCUACACCAUGACCGUGUCCAGGGAGAUCAGGGACAUCGACACGCUGCCGCCGAAUUUGCAUGAGGCCAUCAUCCCCAGAGGAGCCAGACAAGGCCAGAGCCUGCUGAAGAGAACCUGCAGCAUCUUCGCCUACGAGGACAUCAAGGAGGUGCACAAGAGACGCUACCUGCUGCAGCCGAUGGCCGUGGAAGUGUUCUCAGCGGACGGGAGGAACUACCUGUUAGCCUUCCAGAAAGGGGUCCGCAACAAGGUUUACCAAAGGUUCUUGGCCGUGGUGCCUUCGCUGGCCGACAGCUCGGAGUCGGUCUCAGGUCAGAGGCCGAACACCAGCGUGGAACAGGGAUCUGGUCUGCUCAGCACACUGGUCGGAGAGAAGUCGGUGACUCAAAGAUGGGAGCGAGGAGAGAUCAGUAACUUCCAGUACCUGAUGCAUCUGAACACGCUGGCAGGACGCUCCUACAACGACCUGAUGCAGUAUCCUGUCUUCCCCUGGAUCCUGGCCGACUACGACGCCGAGGAGCUGGACCUGAGCAACCCCAAGACGUUCCGUAACCUGGCCAAGCCGAUGGGCGCCCAGACAGAAGACAGACUGACCCAGUACAAGAAGAGGUACAAGGACUGGGAGGAUCCCAACGGUGAAACCCCGGCUUACCACUACGGCACGCACUACUCCUCAGCCAUGAUCGUGGCCUCUUACCUGGUCCGAAUGGAGCCUUUCACACAGAUUUUCCUCAGACUUCAGGGAGGCCAUUUUGACCUGGCUGACAGGAUGUACCACAGCGUGCGUGAAGCCUGGAACUCCGCCUCCAAACACAACAUGGCUGACGUCAAGGAGCUAAUCCCCGAGUUUUUCUACCUGCCAGAAUUCAUGCUCAACGCCAACAACUUCGACCUGGGCGCCAAACAGAACGGCACCAAACUGGGCGACGUCAUCCUGCCGCCUUGGGCGAAGGGCGACCCCCGGGAGUUCAUCAGAGUCCACAGAGAGGCGCUGGAGUGCGACUACGUGUCGGCCCACCUCCACGAAUGGAUCGACCUGAUCUUUGGCUACAAGCAGCAGGGUCCUCCGGCUGUGGAGGCGGUCAACGUCUUCCACCACCUGUUCUACGAGGGUCAGGUGGACAUCUACAACAUCAACGACCCGCUCAAAGAGACGGCCACCAUCGGCUUCAUCAACAACUUUGGUCAGAUCCCCAAACAGCUCUUUAAGAAGCCCCACCCUCCUAAACGGGUUCGCAGUAAAGCUAACGGCGACGUAGCGAGCGUUCCUCCGAGCUCCAACAGCGACAAGAUCUUCUUCCACCAUCUGGAUAAUCUCAGACCUUCUCUAGCGCCUGUCAAAGAGCUGAAGGAGCCCGUGGGACAGAUCGUCUGCACUGACAAAGGCAUCCUCGCCGGGGAGCAAAACAAAGUCCUGGUUCCGCCCACCUGGAGCAAGACCUUCGCCUGGGGCUACGCCGACCUCAGCUGCCGUCUGGCCAACUACGAGUCUGACAAGGCGCUGGUUGUGUACGAGUGUCUGUCAGAGUGGGGUCAGGUCCUCUGUGCAAUAUGUCCCAACCCAAAGCUGGUCGUCACCGGUGGCACCAGCACGGCCAUCUGUGUGUGGGAGACAGGAACGUCCAAGGAGAGGGUCAAGUCCCUCGUGCUCAAACAGGCGUUGCUGGGCCACACGGACGCUGUGACGUGUCUCACAGCGUCGUCAGCGUACCACAUUGUUGUCAGCGGCUCGCGGGAUCGAACCUGCAUCAUCUGGGACCUCAACAAGCUUUCCUUCGUCACGCAGCUCCGGGGACACCGGGCGCCCGUCUCUGCUCUGUGUAUCAACGAACUGACGGGCGACAUCGUGUCGUGUGCAGGAACCUACAUCCACGUGUGGAGCAUUAACGGCAGCCCCAUCGCCAGCGCCAACACCUUCACCGGACGCAGCCAGCAAAUCCUGUGCUGCUGCGUGUCGGAGAUGAACGAGUGGGACACACAGAACGUCAUCGUCACGGGACACUCGGACGGUGUCGUCAGGUUUUGGAGAAUGGAGUUCCUCCAAGUCCCAGAAACCCCUGCUCCGGUGCCGGUUGAGCCAGAUGUGCCCGACUGCUGUGGCGAGGAGAAGAUCGAAGGCGGCGAGAGUCACAACGGGGAAGACAUCAGCAGCGAGUCCGACGGAGACGAACCGAGUCUGAGCCAGGAGCCCAAAGCGCCACGCAACCCGUCAACAGGCGGAGGCAGCCAGCCGGGCAGCGCCGUCCACAGACCCAGAGGUCCCUCAGCCCGAGCGGGAGCCUCAUGGUCGAUGGACAGCGGCUCCGACGACUCCCACCGCUGGUCAGACACCCUCAGCAUCGACGAGAAGGACGGCUUCGUGUUCGUCAACUAUUCUGAGGGUCAGACCAGAGGCCCUCACCCUCACCCUCACCCUCACCCUCACCCACACCCUCACACUCACACUCACCCUCAUCCAGCGCAUCCAGGCCACAGCUCGGUGCCUCAGCCGCUCCAGGCCUCUGUCUUGGAGGCACGGACGUUCAACCAGCUCAGGGCAGGCUACAGAUGGGAGCGCCAGCUGGUCUUCCGGAGCAAACUCACCAUGCACACGGCGUUCGAUCGCAAGGACAAUGCUCACCCAGCAGAGAUCUCCUCCCUCGCCAUCUCCAAGGACCACAGCAAGAUCCUGGUGGGCGAUGGGCGCGGCCGGGUCUUCAGCUGGUCGGUGAGUGACCAGCCGGGCCGUUCGGCAGCUGAUCACUGGGUGAAGGACGAGGUGGUCGACAGCUGCUCCGGCUGCUCAGUUCGUUUCUCCCUCACUGAGCGACGCCACCACUGCAGGAACUGCGGGCAGCUCUUCUGCCAGAAGUGCAGUCGCUUCCAGUCAGAGAUCAAACGGCUGAAGAUCUCGUCGCCGGUGCGAGUUUGUCAGAACUGUUAUUACAACCUGCAACACGAGCGAAGCGUCGAGGACGGCUGCAGAAACUGAGCUCAACCUGCCGCCGACGAAAGAAAUCCUCCUCUCGGGGACCUGAGGAGGAUUUCACUCCUUCAUCUGCCUCGUUGUUCCCUCAUCAGCCCCCAGAUAACCUGAACCUCUCUCCCUCUAAACCCCCUUUACCCUUUGGUGUGUACAACCACACGAACUGUAACACACUGACAGACCAGAACAGGAAGGAACGUCCGUCCUUUCAUCUUUGUGACGGUAAAACUCAUUGAAGGAGAACGGAGGGAAAAGGAGGUCGAACGUGAUGGAAAGGAAAUGAAAACUCAAUCACCACUUUACCACCUGCUCUCGUCCCCUGGAGGAAAGAAGAAGGCCCCUGGAGUGCGGCGCGCUUGAUUCAAUCACCCGCCAUCUUUGUGUUGACAUCGAGAAACAUGGAAAACUCCUUCCUCCGUCACUGCAAGACAUAAGAAACUUGUUGAUAUUGUAAAUAUUUAACAUGGCCUUUUUAACUGUAAGAGGAACAAACAGAACAAAAAAUAAGGUCAAUGAAAAAAGAGCAAAAACAAAAGAAAUCGCCUGUAACAUAGCGUUGUGACUAACCACUCCUGGCUUUAAAAAAAAAAGAAAAAGAAAAAGAACAAAAUCGAUGGUGUGUCGUCCGCGUCACGAGUCACGGCGAGUUCAGCGGAGUCACACGGGAGGGAAAUGAAUGUCAAUAAUUAAUGUCAGUGGGUUGAAUUUACUCGUGCGUCUAGUUAUUAUGCAACGUUACUUAUUUUCUUUUUUUUAAUUUCCUGUUUUGUUUUUGUUGUUGUUUACAAAAAAAAUGUGAUUAAUUUUUGUGCGUGUGCGUUGCCCACAGCGUCGAGCGCUCGCCAUCACACGGAUUUAUUAUCAGAUCGUCUUUUCCUUCUUUUGCCAAAUUGUUUAAAUGUAUAAAUUAGGAAGAUUUUUUUAUUAUUUUUUUUUAUCCUUAAAUCAUCGAUUCUGUCCGUUACAUGAAUUCCCAUUUGGAGAAUCUUUGUUGUUGCUGCUUUUUUUUUUGAAAGACUGGACACGUUAUCACGUCAGAUUCUUUUUUUUUUUUUUAAUUUUAUAUAUUUUUUAGAAAACAUAUCACUUUAUUUGUGAAAGAAAUAUGAAUUAGGUUAAAAAAGAAAAUACACCUUUAAUGUUGCUGCACAUCUGUUUUGCGUGUUUAGUUACUGUACAGUGUUGAAGCAGCGCUUUGAAUGCGCACACAGAAAAAAGGGACUCGUAGUUUUUAUUUCUGCACAGACUCGUCGUUCGCUGGACUUCCCCCCCGAUCCUGUGGCAUUAUUACAGCGGGUCAGGGAACGCGGCACUCCGUACACUUUAUCCUCAGUUUGUGUUGAACUGGAGGAGCAGCAGCCAAUCGUCUUUCAGUGUGAGCAGAAAGUAUGAAAAAACUUAAAUAAUCAUUCAUGAGAUCAAUUUAAAGACAGAGCUGCUGUUUGACACUUUGAUUCUUUGUGUCGCAGUUUUGGUACAAAUGCAGAAAUUAUUGAUUUUUUUUUUUACAUCUUGGCUCUUUAGUCCAGUGGAGGAGGAUGACAACUCUCAUUUCUGUUUCUGCUCCUUCAUGGACAUAAUUUACGAACCAGACGAGUCCAUUUGGUUACGAUGACCAGGAACCGUUGGAAAUUGUUCUUUCUCCAAAAGUUUUUUGUAUUUGCAUCUAUUCCCGUUACAGGUAAAUAAGAGUUUGGGAGGAGAGAUGGGGAAAAAAAGGAUCUAGUGUAAUUUUUGACGCUACCAAAAGGGGGCGCCACAUUCUACACAAAGAGUCCAGCAGGGAAGUAAAUGUCACUUUUGGCAACAAAUUGAAACUCGUACACGACUGAGAUGUUAAUAUCGGAGGUGUUUUUUUUGUAUUUUUUUCUGUUAAACGUAACUUACACAUACGGACACAUCACGUAAACAUGACGGUCGUCUGCGUACGAGUUUAGAAUUCGUCACCACACGAUACAGUUUCAGUUGCUGCUGCUGCCUCGACAGUUACACAUGAUGAACGCGCGUUUGUUUUCACCAACAGACUGAUCGUGUUGUUUUCAGUUUUUUUUUCGCUUCGUACGUGUUUGUGUUCGUGUUGUUUUGUUCGUGGCUCUGUGGGCGACACGUGUGCAUUCAAGUGCUGCUUUCGUUUUCUUUCUCUCUUUCUCUGAGAGAACGUUUCAUUAUUUUCUGUUUCCACACUCAUCUUCAGUCUUCAACAUGUAAAAAAAGCAAAAAGGAAGACACUUUACUAUUCACCCCCACAGAUCCCUGACAUUAUACUAAUAACACGCACUCUUGUUAUCGUCCUCUGCGUUUACGUACUGUAACUUAGCGUGCAAUCAUGCCACCUAGCUGAAACGGCCGAGUCGGCUUCUGUCAAUCAAGAGUUGCUUUGCACCUUCACGUGUACAAAAUAAAAGUCACGAGUUUUUAUUCAAUGCAGUUUUACGUUGUGGUUUUAACAGAGAGGUGCGUUUCACAAGCGGAUAAAUGAACUGAACAACGUAUUUAUGCAAAUAUAAAUGGAUUUAGAUUUUUUUUUUUUUUUUUAAAUGAUUAUUGCGAUUUCAGCAAGUUUUGUUACUUGUUGCAUGUCUAUUAACACAGCUGACUUUCUGUGUCAGUGCAUUGUACAUGUUCUUGGCAUUAUAUUGUUUUUGUUUUGUUGUUCUUUUUCUUUUUCGGGUUUUUAAUUUGUAUAUUUUUUUUUGGAGGCACUGUCUGAUGAGUUACCCCCGAGUGACCGAGCAUCAGGUUUAUGUACAGAGCUGCAGAUCGUCUCCUGACUCAGACUUUUUGUAUUCUUAACGGAAAAGAAUUCAUGACAAGUGGAGAGAAGAAGAAAGAGGAGGAGGAAAAAAUCUCGGAUUAUUUUGGUGGUCUUGUGUUAGACUGCGAUAUUACAGUAUCUGGUGUGCAAUCUGUGAUAGCUGAAUGUUCCUUGUAUAUUUGUGUUCACUACAUCCCACAAGAGAAAAACCAGUAGAGUAACGACCCCGCUCCCCGUUACAAAAACAAAAUGUUACAAUAAUGCAAUAGAUCUGGUACUUAUUCUUUUUAAUUUCAUUUCAAUAAAUAAUUGCUGUUUACCACCAAA